GCACUACAGAAUCCGCAUCACAACAGGAAACAACAACUUUGGCAGCGCAGCCAGAAACAACUUUGACAACGCAACCAGAAACAACUUUGACAACGCAACCAGAAACAACUUUGACAACGCAACCAGAAACAACUUUGACAACGCAACCAGAAACAACGACUUUGACUACAACAUCAGCUCCAACAACGACGACAACACCCUUGCCCUCCGACCCUGAGGAGAUGUACGCACGGAUUCAGUUUGCGCUGGGCCCGACCAACAUCGAGCUGACCCCAGGCCAGCCGUUUGACCUGCAGCUGAACAUCAGCGUACCUCCGCUGGACCACGUGCCGCCCACCGACUUCAAGAUUGAGGUGUUUGGCCACGCCAUCACCGGCACCGUGUACACCCGGUUUGCGCUGUUCGAGCCGCGACUGCAGAUGGAUGACGACUCCCAGUCGGUCGCCAACUUCACCACCCACCUCAACAGGAGCACCGAGUUCCCCAACAUAUAUCACUCUGGAAGAUUUGUCAUAAGCAACUUCACAACUACAAAGGAGGGGAUACUGAUUUUCGUAAUUAGAACGGCCCUUUUGAAAUCCUCCACCAUGACGUCGGGCAGCUCGUACCCGAUAUCGGUGGCCGUGACCUUUGGCGACGGCCUGUUCGGCUGGUCACAGCAGGCCAUGUACAUCUGCAGCCAGGCAGACGUGACCUUUGACUUCAAUGGAGUGCUGGCGCCGAGCGCAGGCGGAACCUCGGGUCAGAUCGAGAGGCGGGGCGCAGACCGGAUCGACGUCCAACUCCAGUACACAAACGCGUUCGACGAGCUCCGGUUGGAGGUCUCGGGGACGUCAGUCAAGGCGGAUGUGUUUUCACUCACCGCCAUCGAACUGCAAACGAUGGAGUCAAGCUUCGGUAGCUGUGCCGCUUUCCGUGACGAUGUGAAUAGUACCAGUGUCUUUGAGACGUCGUCUUCAGGGAGAACUAAACGGGCCGUCAGCAGGAGCUUCGGAAAUAUCCUCAACUGUGGCGGCGCGCAGCCUCGCUCGGCGGGCGAGGACGACGAGAUAGUCCUGGGGUUCGGCGUCGUCACCGACGGAGAAAUGGGCGACACCUUCACCAUCACCGUCCGGGUGCUGCUGAGGGGCGCGCUGAAAAUGACGCAGUCACUCACACUCACCCUCAUCGAAUCAACAACUGCCACACUCGGCACUAAAUAUCAAAUGGCGCGUGUCGGAGAGGGGGUCAAACUGGCGCUGACGGAGCCGGCUCCAGGCGUACCACUCGACAUCAGCCCCGGGAGACAUGUCACCUUCGACAUGUCUUACGAGUUCCUCAGUCACCAGUCGGAGCAGUGCAUUAAAAACAGAGACCCGAGUAUCGACACCGAUGUGUACGUUUUCCAAGGACAGCUCGUCGUUACAGGCACAGAGGCCCAGCCGUGCGGCGUGUCGGACGGCGACCGAUCCGAGGCCGUCUCUCCCACCCUGAUGCCCACCGACAUCUCAGUGUUCGACGGCAACUCCUCCAUGGUGUUCUGGCUCGGACCGACAUUCUACGCAGGAGUCAUGGAUUACAAGCCGUCGGCUAACGAGUCCAGGCGUAUGUCGGUGCGUCUGACGUUCCUUAUCGCUGAGACGGCCCAGAACCCGAGCGUCUCAGUGACGUUCCGAAGCUGGGAGACCGUGACGGCAGCCAUACCGCUGAUGACCGAGAGCCAGAGACCGAAUGCCACCACUUCCAGAGCGUUCCAGAUGGAGGGCAACAUCACCAGCACUCUACCACGAACGGAGAGCACCAGCACCACGCUCUACGCCGGCGGCGUCGUGGCCUUCAACAUGACCGUGUUCGUGCCGCCCGGCGGCAGCUACCCCGACUUCCGAGCGAUGGCGGCCCGCCGCGAGACCGGCCUGGGUCAGCUGCGUCUCUGCCGUGCCAGCGUCGUCGCAGUGGGCGCCAACCUGCCCUGCAACCGGUACAACUUUGCCGACGCCACCACCGUUUUCAACAGGAGUGACUUGUCACACAGCCACCCGGAGCCCGACACCGGCGCUGUCCAGCUGGGCUCGGUGUGCGCCGUUCCCACCGAGCUCCUGCACGGCGCACGAGACAACCUGCUGGUGGCCAACUUCGUGUACCAGCACCUGGCCAAGUUCGGGCCCAACAACACCUUCGAGGACAGCAACCUGCCCAACCCGAUCUACUUUAACGCCAUUGUGGAGAGCGACGCUGUGGCGGGCGGUUUUGCUGCUCAGAUCGGGUACGCCACGUCCACCAGCCGAGCGAAGCUGGCCGCCGUGCCCGCCAGUCAGCCGCGCAAGAUCUGGGUGUCGGUCCGCGGCGCCGGGCCGUACCGCCUCGGCCAGACCGUGCUGGUCGACCUCAACUUCAAGUGGAAUCCGGGUGUCAUCUCGGACGCCUGGUGGACGAUCACAGCCUCCGAGGGCGAGGACCAGGUCAAAUUCUGCGACAUCCGAGUCACCCACAUCGGCGACAACUACGCCUGCAAACAGGAGGCCAAGCAGCUGCCGCUGAUCCACAAGCAGUCCUACGACAGUCCCGAGUCGGAUUACGGAGAGCGGACACCGUUCAACAGCUCCAGGGCCACGUCUAUGGUGGCCCACCUGAUGCGAUACGCCAACGCCGGCCUGUGGCCGACGUACGCCGACACCACCAUCCAGGACGCCGACACGGUCAGCACGUCUGUGGCCGUGACGAUACCAACCAGCGCCGGCACCACCGCCUCCUUCCAGGUCGCCCUCAACGAGGUCAACUUCGUGUGGACCGAGACCGUGCAGCUGCAGGUGGACACGAGCCAGACGGCCGUGGCCGCCGAGCCCAAAUCACUCACCUUUGUCGCUGACAGCGGUGAAGACUGGACCGUCUUCCCCGGUGUUCUGAAAACAUUUGAAGUCGUUCUGGAGCUGGAUGACAACUUUGAGCGUACCGUCCAGCUGGUGCUCGGGUCGGCCGACGAUGUGCCCAAGUACGACGCCUGCUGCGCCUACGUCACCUUCGUCGGCGAGAACAUCCCGUGCAUCAACGUCGCCGAAAUGGAGACGGAGAUCUCAAAGAGCUCACCCUCUGUGGCCGGUCACGACGUGCUGACGUUCGACAUGGGCCGGCUGUGUUCGGUGCCGAUCGCGCCGCGUAACACCACCACCCACCAGCUGCGGGUGACGCUCGGCGUGCGGCCGCACAGCGCGCUCACCGCCGGCGACCAGCUGGGUGUCACGGUCACCGUGCUGCUCGACGGCACCGUGAUGGCUGCCGGAGCCGUGUUCGGCCAGACCCCGGCGCCGCCAACGACUACCGCCGCCGCCACCACUGUGGACGACGCUCCCCUGGCUGAGGGCGAUAUGGCGCUGUCGGAGGGCGAUGUAGCCCCAACCGAAGGCACCACGGCCCCGUCUACGGCUCCUGUGGGCGAUGAGACCCUGUCUGAAGGCAGUGCUACACCUUCUGGAGACGAUACGGCAACGUCUGUAGAAAGUACGACGUCGUCUACCUCGUCUGGAAGUGAUGCCUCGACGAGCGGCCGAAAGCGCCGCUCGACUGGCCCCGGAGGACCACUCACCAUCACAUUCACCGUAUCGGCCGACUCGUUCACGGGCGAAACGACUACCGGCGAGAUCUCUCUGGUCAACUCCUCUGACUCCACGCCGAUGACAAACAUGAGUGGCACGACCUGGGCGCGCUUCAACGUCUCUGUGCCGACCAGCUCGGUGGCCAAGCUCAGCCUGGUGGUGACUGGCUACUCGGAGCACGGCCGGGCAGCGGUGGUCCCCACCGGAGGCCUCAGAUUUUUGGGCCGCGGACGGAACGUGCCCUGCGCUGCCCUUUCGGACCUGAAUGACACCAUCGAGCUGUCCAGCACUCUGUCCAACUCGCAGAAUGACGUCAUCUCCCUGGACGCAGGAUACGUCACUAAUACAGGGAUGUCCCGCGUCCGGUAUCCCAGUCCGGACUGGGUGGAGACAGACGACAUGGUGCAGUUCGAGGUCGAGCUCCGGUUCAGCGACCACCCUCGGGCCACCCACGAGACCCCGCUGCCGGUCACCCUGCAGGUGAGGUACGGCUCCCUGGAGAGCACCAUCACCCAGGGCGUGGCUCUGCAGCGGCUCGGAACGGAACUGCCUGACAUGGAGCUGGUCGCCUGGGCGGACAACGACCUCCCCUACCUUCCGAACGCUCAGGUGCCGGUGGACAUCAUCGUUCGGAACCGCCCGAACGCCACUGCGGACGCCAUCAACGCCACGGUGACGCUGGCGCUGCCGCCCUACAUGGCGUUCGGCUCGGUGGCGUGGACCAACUUCAGCGAGCCGCCGGCGGUGGCCGUGCGCCGGCACGCCGUGCUGCUCAGCUGGCCUCGCCUGCUGCCCGGAGAGGGCCUGCACGUGCAGCUGCUGCUCACCGUCGACCCGACCAACAAGCGCGGCCACGGCGCCGGCUACGCGGCCGCUGGCACACCCAUCUUUCUGCGCGCCACCAUGUUCCGCAGGUACGGUAUUCCGACACUGGAGUCCGGGGUGUACCCGCCGCAAGGAAAACUUUGGUACCCGAUGGCAACACCGACUUACAUCAACUUCGACGUCAAUAGCGAAGACUGUUACGAGCCGCUCGGAAUAGCCAGCGGCCUGGUUGCCGACUGUCAGCUGUCAGCCUCGUCCGCUGCCGAAGACUCGCGGCUGGCUCACAUGGCCAGGAUGGGGCCGUGCGCCGCCGACGGCACUGGCGACACGGACACCAGCACCCCGAAGCCGACAACGGACCAGGGAGUCGCAGCACCAUGCGUCGGUUCCUCAGGCUGGUCGCCCGAGCAGCGCGGCACUCCCUUCAUCCACUGGCAUCAGGUGGACUUUGGUAACCUGACGCGGGUCACUGGACUAUUGGUGGCCCGACCGGCCGGCACCCGCCGGGUCACCCGGUUCCGGCUCCAACACAGCCUGGCCGGCACCGUCUUCCAGGACAUCGGACCGGUGAUGGCGCUCAACUGGAGCUCUCUGCACAGUGACGAGGUGGUGACGCACAGGCUGGACCGGGCAGUCGAGACGCGCUACGUGCGAUUUGUUAUAGAAGAGGCCGAGACAGGCGAUGACAAGUACAUCGGACUGCAGGUGGAGUACCUGGGCUGUCGGCGCUCCACUGAUGUGCUCCAGGAGACGGUCUGUGCUGUCCAGCCGGCCACACCGUCCGCCGCAGACGCUGCGAGAAAUAGACAGUUUGCUGUCGAUACAGCAAAUAAUCACAUAUACUUCUGCGAUUUAAUUCAAUCAAGGGGUCGGCGAGCCUGUUACGUCUCGCACGACUCGAGCAGCUGGCGACAGCUGCCGAACGUCAUAGAGCGGAUGGUCGGCUUUGACGAGUCGUCGGGUAAAAUAUACGGCGCUGGGAGGAGCCCGGACACCCUGCUCUGGAGCACCGACGGCGGGAACACCUGGGCUCCAGAGGCCAAGGCUGACUUCGAGGCGGUGUCUCAGGCUGGAGGUUUCUUCUCGGCUGUGGACGUGCCCUCGCAGGCCUCAGGGUCGGCCGGUUUCACAGACCGUAUUAUAGGGGACUGGACGGCCAGCUACCACGGCCUCAGCCAGGGCGGCCAGCUCAGGGUCAAGUGGUCAGCGCUGACCUGUAGCACCUGAACGCCUGGGGCGCCUCUGAAAAGGUCAAUAUCCGCCCCUGAUGGUCCUUGAUCAGUGAUUACGCAGAUCUGUGACUAUGACGCUAACAAGCUUCUGAUUUGUAUCAUUGAGAGACUUUUCGGCUUCGUUGGCCCUGAUUUGUCGUUAUUUUUGAUGAGUUAACGGUUUCCAUAGUUCUUUAUAUUGUCAUGCGUAGUGAAUUAGAAAUAUUUUUGAUUGCUUUCUCAAGUUUCCCGCGUUUGAACAAUUUAUUUCUAUGAAAUAUUUUGUUGUAAUUUUCGUUGAUGCAAUAGCAUCAACGUGCUAUUUUGGAUUGCACAUGAACGCUUCGCACAUGAAUCAAUAAACGUUUAUGAGCAUA